UUUUCACAUUCAUUUCACAUUUCACAUUUCACACAAGCAAAAUUAUUCAAUACCCAUUUUUUCCUUUUAAUCUAUUAGCGUUAAACAAACGCAUAGAGGAAAGAGAAAAAAGGGUUUUGCCUUUUACCCUUUAUUGGAUUUGGAUUGUGUUAUACUACUAGUUUAUAGUUUAAUAGUGGAUGAGUUGGUGAAGCGUGAAGUUUCAUCUCAUCGUCCUUUUUGUUUUGAGUUGACGUUUUCUUCUUCAACAAGACUUCAUUGGUUUAUAACAACUCUCAAAAAUUGGAACUUGUUUUUGUUGGUUUUGUGUGAAAAAUUUGUGUGGAAAGAGAGAUGGGUUCGUAUGGGAAUCUUGCGAGGAGGGCUGUGGAUACUGAGAUGCCGAUUAUGGUUAAGAUGCAGGAAUUGCUUCGGGGUGCUAAGAAUGCUGUGUCUUUAGCUCAGGGGGUGGUUUAUUGGCAACCUCCAAAACAAGCAUUGGAUAGAGUGAAAGAACUUGUGUAUGAGCCUUCUAUUAGUCGUUACGGCAACGACGAAGGUAUUCCUGAACUCAGAGCGGCACUAGUGAAAAAGUUGCGUAAUGAAAAUAAUCUGCACAAGUCCUCGGUAAUGGUUACAGCAGGUGCCAAUCAGGCAUUCGUGAAUCUAGUUCUUACUCUGUGUGACGCGGGGGAUUCCGUGGUUAUGUUUGCUCCUUACUACUUCAACUCAUACAUGUCCUUCCAGAUGACUGGCAUUACCGACAUACUAGUCGGUCCUGGUAAUCCGGAAACACUUUAUCCUGAUGUAGACUGGUUGGAAAAAGUGUUAUCGGAAAGGAAACCUGUCCCGAAGCUAGUUACUGUUGUAAAUCCUGGCAAUCCAUCCGGAACCUACAUUCCCGAGCCUCUUCUGAAGAGGAUUGCAAAUCUCUGCGAGAAAGCUGGAUCGUGGCUUGUUGUGGACAAUACAUAUGAGUACUUUAUGUUCGACGAUCUGAAACACUCUUGCGUGGAAGGAAAUCAUGUUGUUAACAUUUUCUCUUUCUCGAAAGCUUAUGGAAUGAUGGGAUGGCGAAUUGGAUACAUAGCGUAUCCUUCUGACGUAGAAGGACUCGCCACCCAGCUUCUGAAAGUCCAAGACAACAUUCCAAUCUGCGCUUCGAUAAUUUCACAACACCUUGCUCUCUACUCCUUAGAAUUAGGACCCGAGUGGGUUACCGAGCGAGUAAAAACUCUCGCAAAGAAUCGACAUAUUAUCUUGGAGGCUCUUUCCUCUCUCGGAGAAGGUUCUAUCAAAGGAGGAGAAGGAGCUAUUUAUCUCUGGGUGAAGAUCCCAACCGGACACGGCUGCGAUGAUUUUGAAGUUGUUCACUGGCUAGCUAAUAGGCACGGGAUUGCUGUUAUCCCGGGAAGUGCAUGCGGUGCUCCGGGCAAUCUGAGAAUUUCUUUCGGAGGACUGACGGAGAAUGACUGUAGAGCAGCGGCAGAACGGCUUAAGAAAGGCUUGGAAGAACUGGCUGCGCGCGGUUUGGUACAAGACUAGUAACGGAAUUUAGUUUCGUCGCGAAAAGAAAUUUAUAGAAAGAAAGUCCAUUUGCCAGUGGAGAAAAUUUGCAGCUGGUGCAUUUGAAUAAAAGUAAAAUUGAUUUUCAGCCUUGUAUACUAUCAACAAGGUUUAAUAAUUUUCAUUUUGAAAAGUAGAUAAAAUGCAUCAUAAACUUUUUUUCAUAUCAA